GUUUAGCUGUUUUAGUUUUUGAUUUUGGUGUAAAUUAAUUACUUCGUAGCAAAAGUUUUAUAGGUUUUUCGUGUCUCAAAAUAUAAAAAAUUCAGUUAUGAAUCGUAGACGAGCUCAUGAAGAGGAAGAUGGCUACGAACGGCUACAUAGAAAAAGACGUCGUGUAUCUGAAAAUCAAGAGAUCGAGGACAGAUUGGAGUCGCUUAUUCUGAGAGUGGGUGAGAAGAGUAGCUCCAGCUUAGAAAGUAACUUAGAGGGUCUAGCCAGCGUCCUAGAAGCUGAUUUGAGUACGUUUCGUGGCAAGAUACUUCGUAUUUUAACCGACUGUGCUAUUCGGAUGCCCGAAAAGUGUACCAUCUAUGCCACGCUAGUUGGUCUGCUCAACGCGAAGAAUUACAAUUUCGGCGGCGAAUUUGUCGACUACAUAGUGAAGACGUUCAAAGAAAAUCUCAAAUCCAGCAAGUGGAACGCCGCAAGAUAUUGCUUGAGGUUCAUUUCAGAUUUGGUAAACUGUCAUGUGCUAGCAGCUUCGUCUCUUUUGACCUUGUUGGAGACUCUAGUCGAUUGUGCAAACGAGGACAGCGUGCCACAAGUGCGUAGGGAUUGGUUCGUAUUCGCAGUUCUAUCCACUCUUCCUUGGGUGGGGAGAGAAUUGUAUGAAAAGAAGGAAUCUCAAUUGGACCACUUGCUUGUUACUAUUGAAGUUUUCUUGAACAAGCGCAGCAAAAAGCACUGGCCAGCACUUAAAGUGUGGUCCACGGAUUCUCCCCAUCUUCAGGAGGAAUAUUUAGACUGCCUGUGGGCUCAAAUAAAGAAGCUGAGGCAAGACAACUGGUCCGAAAAACACAUCCCUCGUCCAUAUCUUGCUUUUGACUCAAUCCUUUGUGAAGCUUUGCAACACACAUUGCCAACUAUUCAGCCUCCCCCUCACAAUGAUGGAGAUGUAUACCCAAUGCCGAGAGUGGUAUUCCGGAUGUUUGACUACACCGACUGUCCAGACGGCCCAGUUCUACCUGGUGCUCAUUCAAUUGAGAGAUUUCUCAUUGAAGAGCAUCUUCAUAAUAUAAUAGAAGCCUACCACUUGGAAAGGAAAGAGUGCGCAGCCCAGCUUCUAUGCUUUCCGUACAAAGCCAAGAUACCGUUAGAAUACUGUAUUGUGGAGGUAAUUUUUGCGGAGCUGUUCAAUUUGCCACGGCCAAGAUAUCUUGAGAUCUGUUAUGGCUCAAUACUCAUUGAGCUGUGUAAGCUGCAACCAUCCAGCAUGCCGCAGGUGUUGGCUCAAGCUACUGAAAUCUUGUUCAUGAGAAUUGAUUCCAUGAAUGUAGCUUGCUUUGAUAGGUUUGUGAAUUGGUUUGCAUACCACCUGAGUAACUUCCAGUACCGCUGGUCAUGGGAAGACUGGGAGGGGUGCGCUCAGCUGGACCCCGAUCAUCCGAAACCUAGAUUCAUUAAGGAGGUCCUCGGAAAGUGUCUGAGGUUGUCCUACCACCAACGCAUAAAGGACAUGAUUCCUGAAUCCCUGGCUGCUUUUGUACCACCAAAACCUGAACCUAUUUACAAGUACUCAAUGGAGGGUGCAGCUGCGCUCCCCGGCACGGAAGCUGCUCACAAGCUCGUCGUCUGCGUCCGCAACAAGUGCUCCCCUGAGGAGGCCCUUAACGUCCUCCGAGACCUCCCCAACCCCCUGCGCGAGGGGGACGCGGCUGCCCACGCCGCAUACAACCCCCUGAAGAUUGACGUCUUCGUCCAGACACUACUGAACCUGGGCAGCAAGAGCAUAUCACACAGCUUCGCAGCUAUAUCCAAGUUUCAUUAUGUUUUCAAGAUCCUAGCGGACUCCGAGGAAGCACAGAUCUGCGUGCUGCGCAACGUGUGGGAGUUAUGGCAGCGGCAUUCACAGAUGGUGUGCGUUUUAGUGGACAAGAUGCUGAAGACGCAAAUCGUGGAGUGUAGCGCCGUCGCCACGUGGCUGUUCAGCAAGGACAUGGCGCCGCACUUCACCAGCUCCCACCUGUGGGAGAUCCUCCACCUGACCAUAGACAAGAUGAACAAGCACGUCACCAAGCUGAGUAAAGAAUUACAAGAGGCUCGAGAGGCGCUGGCCAGAGCGGACUCCAGUAGUUCCGACUCCGAAGACGAGACUGGAACCAAGAAGAAGAAGGACCAAGACAAGCCUACUGAAGAGGCGGUGGAGCGUAUGGAGGAGCGUUUAGAGCUGGCGCACACGGACCAGAAGCGGUUGUUCCUCAUCGUGUUCCAGCGGUUCAUCAUGAUCCUGUCGGAGCACCUGGUGCGCGCGGACACGGACGCGCGCGACCCCCACACCCACUGGUACCGGUCGACGCGCGCGCGCCUCGCCCAGGUCUUCCUGCUGCACCACGAGCAAGUGGCGAAGUACAGCAGCACGUUGGAGACGCUGCUGUUCACGCAGGACCUGGACCCGCACAUCCUCGACGUGUUCCACCAGUUCCUCGCGCUCACCACCUAAACAUCGUGUAUAUUUUAAAGUGUAACAUCAUUUCCGUUUAUAGCGUAAACCCACUCAAUAGUACUACAAAUUAAUACGUCUUACGUGUAGCUUUCUUCUAAUAUGGACAUACAUUGUCAUCAAAGUACCAUUGAGGAAAUUGAUUUCUAGGCAGCUGACGGACUACGUCAUUUGGUCGGAUUAUGUCAAUUCAAUUAGCUGUGACUUGUAAGCGUCGAUAUCGGAUGAAUUUGACACAACGCGACUAAAAUACGUACCUAGUUCGGCUAUCUACCUAGGAAUCAACUUCUUUGAUAUUGAUUCCUAGGCAGUUGACAGA